UUGCAUGCGGCACUGUGCUCUCUCCCUUCAAACUGGCCUGUUGUACUUUGUGUUGUGACUUGUGAAAGAACAAAGCUAAUUUUGGUGUCAGAAGAACUGAAGAACUCAUGGCUACUGUCCCUCGCCGAACCUCGCUGCGGUCUUCGACCAUUGACAAUUCUUUAGGAGGCCAUGGCUACCAACAAGUUGGCAAGCCUGGUGCACGAAAAGCACUGGCAGAGAUCGGCAACAAGUCCUCCUUGAUAGGACCGUCUAAACCUCCCACUAAGAAGCAUCUCGGAAAACCAAUAUCUUUGGCUUCUAAGGCUCCUGAGAAGCCGAAGAAGAGCACUGCUGGACUGCAGGAAUCUCAGGCACACCAACCAGCUGCUAGAAAGAUAUCUCGGCAUGAUAAAACAGUUGUAGAAGAGUCCCGGGCCACUGUAGGUGCGCAGGAGAAGUCGCAUGAGGUAGACGUUCCCCAGGCCGCUGUGGCUUUUUCAGAGCUUUUGCAGAUUGAGGACAUCGAUUCUGCUGAUCGAGACAAUCCUCAACUGUGUGCGGAAUAUGUUGCUGAAAUUUACCAAUACAUGAUGCAACUGGAGAGGAAGUAUGUGGUGCCAGUUGACUUCAUGUCUGAUCAGCGUGAAGUUACGAGUGCAAUGCGUAGUGUCCUCGUUGACUGGCUUAUUCAAGUACAGCAGCGCUUUAAGCUGCUACAAGAGACCCUUUAUGUGACCGUAUCCAUCAUUGAUCGCUUCCUAUCGCUUGUCAACGUGCCGAGAACUAAGUUACAGCUGGUGGGCGUCACCUCAAUGCUUAUCGCCUCCAAGUACGAGGAGACGUAUGCGCCGAUGGUGGAGGACUUUGUAUUUGUGACAGACAGAGCAUAUAGUCAAGUACAAAUCCGAGCAAUGGAAGGAGAAAUCCUGAAGACACUGGAUUUUGAGCUGGGCAAGCCAUUCUGCUUGCAGUUUCUUCGGCGAAACUCUAAGGCUGGUGGAGCAGAUGCAUUGAUGCACACCGUGGCGAAAUACUUGAUGGAAUUGACUUUGCCAGAAUAUGACUUUUCAGCAUUCCCUCCAUCUCAAGUUGCUGCAGCUUCACUGUACUUGACAAUGAAGUUAUUGGGCCGUGGAACAUGGAAUGCGACUGUUGAGCAUCACAGUGGCUGCAGUGAGGCAAAGCUUCUUCCCUGUGCUCGCAAACUAGGCAAUCUCCUUUCCAAGACGGCAUCUGAGAAGAAAAUCACGGCUGUCAGAGAAAAGUACGCGUCAUCUGCGUUCAUGGGUGUUAGUAAGAUGAGUGAACUUCAAGCUGAUUCUGUUGCUGCUUUGGCCCUAUCAUAGCAUCUGACGACUGGGGCUGAAGAGAUCAGCUAGGUUCUGCUCCGUACUUCCUGGAGUAAAUUAUAUUUUCCCAGUGACCUGAGACGGUGGCUAUGGCCAAGGGAAGUUAUUUUUGACUGCUGUCACUACUCAUACACUGUACAUACAUACUACACCUGCUAGUAGCACUAUAUCCUGCUCCUACUCUUGCUGGUAGUGCUGCUAACCCUAUAGCAUACUUCUCACUCUCUUCCAACGGUCUACAUUGAAUAUUGAUGGUUAAAAGCAUAUUACGAUGGUAAAGAUAAUGACUGGGAUAACUGGAAUUAACGCCUCGUUGGCAUUCAUAUCAUACAUUGACGUUCAUGAAAGCUCAAGCUGAUUUCAUUCGCUUUUCUUGCUUGUUGAGUUGUUCUAAUUCUUCCUACUGUAAACUACUGUUGUCUAGGCUAGAAAACAGCAUGUGUUCCUGCAUGCAUGCCCAUUUCUCGUAGGCUGGUUCUGUACCAUACUAACUUAUACUUUUAUCGUGCUAGCGCUAGGGGCUAGGAGCUAUUAUGAGAUGUGGUCCAUGGUGAUGUGCACCCCAUGUCUAUGUCUACAAACAUGCACUUAGUAGUUUAUUUCCAUUCAGCGUUUUAACUGGAGUACUGCAACUCUCAGCGCCUUUGUCAAAAUGCACACCGUAUUUAGCUUGAUUUUUGUUCUUCAUCUUUGGACCGGGUGUCCUUCUUGCCUCUUUCUGUGUAAAAUUACAAAUUUCUCUUGCGGUCAAUGCAAGUGUUGGCUGUCAACUUUUCAAGUGCGGGUCCAGGAGGCUCAAUUGAUGUUGAAUAUUCA